AAUUUUUGUGAGUUCCGAUGAGAAGUACAAAUUAAACCUGCGUUAGUUUUCAUAUAUAUUGGAAUUAAAUAUAGUAUAGAAUAUUAUACAGUGGAAAUGGCAAAAUAAAUAUUUUGUUGUUUUAGGAUGCAGAGCUAUAUGAGCAAAAAAACGGCAAUUUGGUCUAUGUUCAGGCAAAUCCAUUCACGGUAACUGUGAAAUCACUUUUCGAUUAUCAUGCCGAUCGUGAAGAUGAACUUUCAUUUUGUAAACAUGCCAUAAUAACGAACGUAGUAAAAGACGAUUGGGGAUGGUGGCGCGGAGACUAUGGUGGAAAAAAAGGAGCUUGGUUUCCCAGCAAUUUCGUUGAGGAAAUCCUAUCACAAGAAACGGCAAACGAAUCAGAAAAUACAAAAAAAAGAAAGACAUUGAGAUACACAAAAGAAACGCAGUUGAAAUAUCCGAUCUUUUAAUAUAUUGCCAACCAGUUGCUUUUAAGGAAGAGAGAUUCAAUAAACAGAAUGGUUCCCCAUACGAAAUGUCAUCUUUUCCCGAGAACAAGGCAGAAACACUUGCAUGCCGGGAGAAAGCUCAUCAAUUCAUUUCAUACAAUCAACGGCAACUUUCAAGAAUAUAUCCGAAAGGAGGCCGAGUCGAUUCGUCUAAUUAUAAUCCGAUUCCAAUGUGGAACUGUGGAUGUCAGCUUGUUGCGUUAAACUUUCAAACUCCCGAUAAAUCAAUGCAGUUAAAUCAAGCGAGAUUUUCUGAAAACGGCCAAUGUGGAUUUGUUCUCAAACCAUUAAUAUUUUCUGACUCAAAUUACAAUCCGUAUCUGAAAAACCAUCUUCUUGACGUUGAUCCACUGGUAAUUAACGUACAUAUUAUUGCAGGACGACAUUUGCCAAAGUCUGGGCGAGGUAUAUCUUGUCUAUUUGUUGAAGUCGAAAUAUUAGGAUGUGAAUACGACUGUCAGAAAUUUAAAACAGCAAAACAAGAUGAAAAUGGGUUAAAUCCGGUAUUUCAAGAAUCAUUCGAGUUUGCAAUUCACUGCCCAGUGCAGUCUUUAAUACGGUUUGCAGUUUUUGAUCAAGAUAUGUUUGGAGAUCCCAAUCUUAUAGCUCAGUGUACCUUGCCAGUGCGUUGUCUAAGAACAGGAUUUAGAUCGGUGCCAUUAAAAAACCUUUUCAGUGAAGAAUUAGAAUUGGCGUCGUUAUUGGUUCACAUUGCAAUAAGAAAUUUGAAGAAAGAAGAUGAAGAGUUAUACAAUACUGUUGGGGAAUUGCGUGAAGCAAGUAAAGAGCUACAGCAAAGUCUUUCGGCACUUGACCCAAGCAGUGAAGAUUUUCAAAUACUGAACAAACAACUUUGUGAAAUACAGAAACGUAUUUUUUCAGCAACCGAGCAAAUGAAAGAAAGAAACAUUGAACAGUUUCGUUCUCAUCGUUCUAAUCCGAAAGUUUAAAAUACAACACGGUAACGAUAUGAACCUUCACUGAAGUCGCCAGUUGAUGAUCAAGUUUGCGACUGUUUUUCGAUGUUGCAAUUUUCAAAACUCGUAUUUAGAGUAUGACAAAUGACAUUUGAACAUAGUCUACUCAAGUUUUGCCAUUUUCUUUUUCAUUCACGCGCAGUACUCACUCAGGAGUAAGGGAGCAAGGUAUGGGAUAUGAAUGAAGUGCCAAGAUUUAUUGAAAAUAUAUAUUAAUUAUAUCAGUUCAUGACACGAGACUUGAAAACUGUUUGGAUAAAAAUGAUCAUGGAAACAACUAUAAGCUAUAACCAGUUGAUUAUAUGUUUCAUACGUUAUGGGUGAAAGUGUUGUGGACGUUUGAAGUUAUUUUAAUCCGUUCGCUGGUUCUUUACGUUCUUUACGACUAAGGGUCUCCUGUUUACGGCCCCGGAAAACAUUAUUUAAACAGAACAUUUAAACUCGGGCUUGUCAGUAUGACUUAUCGAGUUGGUACUUUGCCCACGACUAGACUAAUCUUUGCUAAACCACUAAGAAUGCGUUUGUUUAUCAAACCGCAAUCCAAUUAAACAUCGCUGAAUAAUGAAACGAACAGCAAACAAAACUGUUACAUAAGAGAUUUUAGUUGAUUUGAAUUUCAUGUAGUUUGUGGAUGAAUUUUAAAGUGAUUUUUACUUAAAAUGCAAUUGAAAGAAAAUGUUGCCACC